CAAUGGCAUCUGCACACAUUGUCUUGUAUCUGAUAUGUUUGUUCUUGGGUGUAAUUGCUCAGAAGAACAACAUGCAUUUAUCCUCCUCUGUUCAUGAAGAAGCACGUUUUAUAUCAGCGAAAUCUGGAGACAGUGUGACUUUACAUUGUUACUAUGAACAGAAUGUUGCUGCACGUUUUUACUGGUAUAAGCAAACUUUAGGAGAGAAGCCAAAGCUUAUUUCUACCUUCUAUGAAUCGGAAACCAAUUUUGUACAAUUUCAUGAUCCAUUCAAAAAUAGUGCACGCUUCAGACUAGAUAAUGAAAAAGGAAAGAACUACUUGAUUAUCUCAGACUUAAGUGUUUCAGACUCAGCAACUUACUACUGUAUAUGUUCCUAUGUGUACACAUCAACAUUCUUAGAGACCAUUAUUGUCAAUGUCAAUGAUUUAGAUUUAAACAUACGAGCUUUAGUUCAUCAGUCAGCAUCUGAGACCAUCCAGCCAGGAGGCUCUGUAAGUCUGCACUGCAUGGUGCACACUAUGCUGAGCUGUGAUGGAGAACACAGUGUUUACUGGUUCAAAGACUCUGAAGACUCUCAACCAGGACUCAUUUACACCCAUGGAGUCAGGAAUGAUCAGUGUGAGAGGAAAGACAACAAAAGAACACACGCCUGUGUCUAUAACUUGACAAUGGAGAGCCUGAAUUUGUCCCACGCUGGGAUCUACUACUGUGCUGUCGCCUCAUGUGGACACAUACUGUUUGGAAACGGGACCAAGCUGGACUUUGGGGGAUUUACAGAUUCUCCUGCCCUGAUGUAUUUCUUAAGCGCAGCUUUAACACUCACCACCAUCAUCAGCAUGUUAUCAACUUUGUUAGUGUAUAAGAUGAAAAAGAGGAACAGCUGUCAAUCCAGAGAAUCAAACGCAAAUGAUUCUGUAAAUUUAGAAGAGAGUUAUGCUGCUUUGAGGAAACAUAGGACGAACGGAGCAAGAAGACAGAGAAGCAACACCAAGGAUAAAUGUUUGUACUCUGAAUGUUUGUACUCCUGUAUUAAGUACAGACACCAGACGUAUAAUUGUGAUUUUUAGUAUUAUCUUUCUGCUGUAGUGAUAAUUUUGGCAACAAUUUCCAAAUAUUUUUUCCUAACUUUUCUUUGAUCUGAAAGAAAAAUGAUUUAACUGCUAACAGCAUUUGAUCACUUGCAAAUUUUUCAAAUUCCUGUAAUUCCAGUAGAUAAUUUGUUUUUGUAAAAGGUUUGGAUAUCAUUUGAAGUUUUGAUUCUUAAUUUUGGUUGGUUCAGUGUUGGAUACUUGUUUAUUGUUGUAUCGUUGUGAUAUGAUUAGGUUUUUGUGGCUGUAUUUACUAUAUUGAAAUGAAGAGGCUUAGUUUUUCUAUAAGAAUGUAAUUGAAUGUUAUUGAACAAUGUUAUUGUGAGUAGUAGUCUCUCAAGUGUUCCUGUUGAUAAUGACUUUCACCUGCAUGUUAUUUCUCACCGGUUUAACAUUCCCAGUUAGUAUUUAUACUCCUGUCUUCCCUUUGGUUUUUGUCUCUGUGGCUGUAGCAAAUGCUAUCAUAUCAGUAUGGACCAAUAUAUCUGAGCAAGGUUUUCAGCACUUUGCUGAUUCAAUGUUUUGAAGAAUUAAAGCAGUACAAAACAUACUUUUUGUUUUGUUUUGCUCCAAUUUGCCUUGUUCCUAGAUUGUGAAUAUGUGGAUCCUGCUUUAUCUGAGUUUUGUAUUGUUCUGUUUUCUGGAAAGUGUUCAGUAUUAAAGCUGCCUUUUUGAGUUCACUUAAUCCUCUUUUUUGUCCUGCGCCUGUCCCGUUUG